AUGGCUCGGAGCCAGAACUCUUUCGAGCGUGUUUUUGCACGCGAUGGUGAACUAAAGAAACAAGGCAAUCCUCCUUCCGUACACGAGUUGUUUUCAAUGACAAUGCGUGAUGAGCUGUCUAUGUCUCACUUCGCUGAAGCGCUGCACGAAUUGCAUGGCAUCCAGCUGACACAAGCAGCUGCACGACUCUUGUCAUCCAUAGAUGCUGGCUCUGGAAGGCUAUCCUUUACUCAGUUCCAAAGAGCGCUGCAAGAGGAUCCACAAGAGCCAGCCGCACUAUCUGGACGCCCCAACGUCUUCAAUGAUCAGGCCAAAGCCAUCAUCACCGACAACGCCGGAUCACCAAAACCUCCAACCCUCAGAGGUGAUCACUGCAGACCGCACACUGACAUUUCAGGCGAAGAUUUCGUGAAGGCCGGACAAUUGGCAAGCAAGAUGCAGGCCUUGGGGCCCUUCCAAAGCAACUUGGUGGUGCCUAGCAACGAUCCUUCGAUCAACAAUCCGUUGGUUCACCGCCAGGAGCCAGCUGGUGAUAGCGGACGGGACAUGAUGAGAACUGCGAGUCGUAUGUUCAUCAGCGGUGAGCUGGAUCGUGCGGGUUAUGAGAAGUUCCUGGUCCAAAACGGAAUCAUGCUAACAUCUGACUGCGACCUUCAAAAGCUGAUUGUGAGCCACGAGAGGGUGCGCCCGGAAGAAUGGCCUUGA